ACAUCAUUCAGACUUGUAGUGUCUUUGGUUGAGUAAGCUAGCAAAUUCUUAGUACAUUCGUUUUAAUACAAUAUGCUUCGAUUUACUUUGUUCGCAAUCUUCGUCGCCUCUGCUUCGGCAGUGUCCGUCAUCUUUGAAGAUGGACCAUGUCCCAAUUUUAAACCAAUGUCAAACUUUGACUUCAGCGCUUAUGGUGGAACGUGGUACGAAAUCGCCAAAUUCCCAAACCCCUCUGAAGAAGGUGACAAAGCUAAAUGUACUCUUAUCGAGUACUUCGUCAAGGAGUUCAGAGGAAAGAUGAAGUUCACACACGUUGUUGAUGGCGCAAGAAAGUACAUUGAGGGAGAUCUUACACAGGUUUACCCUGGAAGCGGAAAAAUUAUGUACACUUACACAUUCGGAGGUAAAGCGAAGAACACCUAUCUAUAUGUAAUGGACACUGAUUACAACAACUACGCAGUCGCCUUCAGUUGCAGAUACUUCAAGGACAGCGACAAACAUCAAUUAUUGGCGUGGAUCCUAUCCAGGAACAAGGUUUUGGAAGGCAACGCGCUCGCCGCUGUGGACAAAUUCCUUGCAGCAAACUCAAAGUUAAUCAACACAUCUUACUUUGUACAAAACGAGCACACGAACGAAGCCUGCAAAGCCAGAACUACUGAGGAGAUAACCGAAUUCUUAAAGAUCUACGAGACCAACCCAAACUUAAUUGAUUAAUUUUACUUCUAUAACAAUUUACUUUUACUUAAAUAAAUAAAGUUAAUCAAUUAAAUGUUUCAUUUAUUUAGCAGUUCUAAUUGUAUAACUUCAUUUAAAAAGUUUGUUCUUGCAUGAACUUUAAUUUAGGUAGAAUAAUACUUUUAUUAUUAGUAUUAAAUUGUGAAUAUUAUCACAUAAAGUAUGUAUAUUUUUAUGUAACGCAGUUCAGUUGUCGACAUCUGUGAAAUAAAUUCAUCUAUAUAAAA